AUGCCUCAAGUUCUUUCGCUUCCUGAUGUCUACCUAGAAGCGCAGACAACCGAGCCGCACACCGCAUUGCUCUAUUUACUCUCACAGUACAACCAUCUCGUAUCUGAAUUCACACACUUGUACACACAUUCUCACACUGGGAAUGAUCUGAAUCUAGAUCGAAGUGAAACAUUGGGUCUUGGCUUUGAUGCUCUUGCACCCCCAACAUCCCUUACUGGUCGCAUUCGAAACUUGCGUCGUCGAAGCUUCAAGAAUCUGCGUGGCGAUUCGAACAAAUCUAGUGUGACACACGCUGCAUCACAAGUGCAUGACAUUAGCGCGGAAAAUUCGUCAGGGUCACUGGAGUUAACAUCGCCUUCUUCGCCAAAACGUGAUCAAGGCACUAACAACUUACUGCAAGUGACAAGUCCUUCCCCACGGAUAUGGAAUAAAUCGAGUUCGUCUGCCCUGUAUGCUCAUGGCCGCAUGCCUGAAUCUCCGUCGCAGCGCGGAUCUUCGGCCUUGCCUUCCCGUCAAAGUGCAGCAACAUCUCCCAAAAUGCCUUCACGCUCCCCGACUAUAUCUAGUUCUCGCACGCUUGGGCGCAAAUCGAACUCUCGCCCAGCAACGCCUGUUGGUCGCUUACUUGAAGAUUCUUUCCAGCACUUGGUUACAGAGUAUUGCCCAUUUUCACUGGUUGAUAUCCAAGUAUGCGGCUCCAUGGUACGUGGGCUUCAAGGACCUGAUGCUGUGGCAGUUCGUAUUCGUUUACAGCCACCAGCGUCUGUUUCUGAAGCAAGCGUCCGACGGCGUCAAAAAUCCAUUCGUGUGGAAAAAAGAUGGUCAGAUUUAGUCGCAUUGCGCGAGCUCAUUGCUGCUCGUAUAAACUCCCAGCCAGGCCUGUCAAAUAUAUCUUUGUGCCCGGUGCCUGAUCAGAAUUAUUUUGAGCCACCCUAUAAUCCAUUGCAUCUUGCCGAACGGAAUGCAGCUGUUACUGCAUUCUUACAUUCACUUCAGGGGCUCCCUUCACUAUUUGAAGAUAUUAUGUCGCAUUUCUUCGCCACAAACCUAGUACCUGAUUCAGAGGUCGACUCGCAUUACGGCUCCUGUUUUCAACAAGAUGGUCUUUUACUUGGCACUGGUGAAGGCUGGACUUUCGUUCAUUGUGCUUUGUUCGCCAACUUAUUUAUUAUGCAGGAUCCUUAUAAGAAACAAGCCCCUUUAUUGUUUGAUCUCAGGAAGACUCGUAUUGGUCGUCAGUUCGAAACUACGGCUCCAGGCCGGGAGGCAAAUUCUCGUACAGCUAUGAUCAUUCUUCAGAAGAUGCAAUCUUCCCCUAAUGUGCAGCAGCCGCAGAUCAAGCUUGCGACAGAAUCAUUUUGCCAGCACACCACCUGGAUGGCUGCUCUUUUACGAGAAGGUGAAGAUAACCGUUCAGACAGAUCGCUCUCAGAAGGUAUGCUGGAUAAAGACGUAAAUUCGUCUGCAGCCCUUGCUUCAACUGUUCUGACGAAGGAGUCCGAUGAAAUGCAACAUCUGAAUUCCUCACUCCGAACGGAUCGUACCGUACUUGUGCCUGAAUCUUCAUCCGUUACAGAAUUGUCUAGACAAGGAUCAGCAAUCAAGAAUCGCUUGUGGCAUGGUAAUGAUCAAUCAUCAACAUUCGUUCCUACCGACAAGCGAAGAUUCCUUUUUGGCAUUCUUCCGCUCAACACCCCCGACGAACUGUCAACGUCGUCGUCAACCUCGCAUAAAGCUGUAUUCGGUGCACCACUCAGUGACGUUGUUCGUGACACAGGCAUGUUUGUGGAUGGUAUAGCUGGUCCGGUCCCGGCUUUGCUAAAGCGCAGCUUUGACUUUCUCGAGCAAAGUAGCAUUAUAUCAGAUGAGGGACUCUAUCGAGUGAAUGGCAGCUUAUCUACCAUCAAAGUUUUGCAAGAAAGAUUUUCCACGUUUGGCGAUAUCCAUCUUGUAGCUGAGUACCAAGAGGCCAAGCGAACUGGAAACGGCUCUCUGCUCGAUUCCCAUGCUGUGACAGGUUUGGUCAAAAUGUUUUUGCGCGAUCUACCUGAACCUCUGUGUACGGAUGUGUUGAUGCCCGAUUUUGUGGCUGCUAUCGAGCAGGAGAACCAUGAAGACAAAUUACAAACGUUUCGACGCCUUCUGGCAUACCUUCCAGCAGAGAACUAUUCGGUUCUUUCCUUGCUUUUCCUGCAUUUGAACCAUGUUGCUACGAUGUCGCAUAUGAAUAAAAUGUCGUUACAGAACCUCAACAUCGUGUUUAGUGCGACGCUUCGCAUGCCAACUGAACUUGUGUGGACGCUCCUUCAUGAUUACUAUUUGCUAUUUCACCAGCAGAAACUUUUUCUGGGAGAGCAUCGUGAGCCAACAAUGAAUUUCAGUGCAUCGCCUAAGAAUGACACAACGGCAAAGGUAUCGUCACUUCACGGACGUAUGAAGUCCUUGUCACUUCGCUCGCCGAAUGAUCGUAAGAGCGGGCAUUUCCAGCGCACAUCCGACGCCCCUUUGUUUGAUUCGAAACUUUCUUCUUUUACUAAUCCGGAUGCAUUUCCAGUUCCUAAGGAACCCGAGACCUCGAUCCUUGCGGGCAAGGAUCACUCGUCUUGA